AUGUCUGAAUUACCCCUCCAGAUCCUCCAGGCCGUGGAUAAACACGGCUCUAUUGGCAACACUUUGGAAGCCGAGGAGUUCAAAAAUGUCGAUUCAGGUGCUCUACACGCCUCCUUGGCUUCGCUCUGGGCCAAAGAGAUGAUUGUCUUUGACAAGAUUGAAAAAGACGUCUGGGCCUUGACGAAAGAGGCCGAGGAAUUCUUGACCUCUGGAUCUCACGAAAUUCGUUUGCUAGAUGAGGUUUUGAAGUCUUUGGACGGUCUCAAAAUCAGCGAUGUCAAUGCUAAACUAGGAGCUGUGGGUAAGUUGGGCCAGGGUAAGGCUUUCAAGAACGGCUGGGUUGCCAAGGACGGCGACAAGUUGGUGUCUAAGGUGGACAAGCUUCCGGAGGAUGCUGUGGUUGAGAACUUGAAGCAGAUCAAGGCCACUGGCACCUUGGACGACAAGAAGGAAUUGACCGAGCUCAAAAAGAGAAAGUUGGUUACCAUGACCAAGCAGAUCGGCUACAAGGUCACCAAGGGACCAAAGUUCGGCUUGGAGAUCAAGUCUUACGAAACCGACAUUACCAGCGAUAUGGUCACCUCCGGCUCCUGGAAGGACGCUGAGUUCAAGCCUUACAACUUCAACUCGGAGGGUGUGUUCCCCAACUCCGGUGCCUUGCACCCAUUGAUGAAGGUCAGAGAAGAAUUCAGACAGAUUUUCUUCUCCAUGGGCUUCACGGAAAUGCCUUCUAACCAGUACGUUGAGUCUGGUUUCUGGAACUUCGACACAUUGUUCGUUCCUCAGCAGCAUCCUGCCAGAGACUUGCAGGACACUUUCUACUUGAAGGACCCCAAGCAUGCCAAGAUCCCUGAGGACGGUGCCUACUUUGAAAACAUCAGAGACGUGCACCAGGACGGUGCCUACGGCUCCAUCGGUUACCGUUACCCAUGGAAGGAGGACGAGUCUCUUAGAAUGGUUUUGAGAACUCACACUACCGCCAUUUCCUCUGCCAUGUUGAAGAAAUUGGCUGACGACCCUAAACCCACGAGAUUGUUCUCCAUCGACAGAGUCUUCCGUAACGAGGCUGUUGAUGCUACUCACUUGGCCGAGUUCCACCAGGUCGAGGGUGUGCUUGCAGGCUACGAUAUUACGCUAGGAGACUUGAUCGGUUUCAUGGACGAGUUCUUCUCCAAGAUGGGUGUGGACGGUUUGAGAUUCAAGGCCGCCUACAACCCUUACACCGAGCCAUCUUUGGAGAUUUUCGCUUACCACAAGGGUCUCGGCAAGUGGGUCGAGAUCGGUAACUCCGGUAUGUUCAGACCCGAGAUGUUGGAGCCCAUGGGCUUGCCCAAGAACUUGCGUGUGCUCGGUUGGGGUCUAUCGUUGGAGAGACCCACCAUGAUCAAGUAUGGUGUGUCGAACAUCAGAGAGUUGUUGGGUCACAAGGUGUCGUUGGACUUUAUAGAGACAAACCCUGCUGCCAGGUUGGACGACGACUUGGUUGGUUGA